AUGUCGCAAAAUAAGUGGAAAGUCGGUUCCUUUUUACAGCAGGCCGUCGCAGGCGUAGAGUCGCGAUUGGACCAGAUGCUGACGGAAGAGGAAGACGCAAAACGGCAGCAGCAGAUGAAACAGAGGGCAAUGAGGCCAAAGUCGGGUGACCAAUCUGGUAGCAUCUCCCGAAGUUCGUCCAAUGCACAGAAGAAUGACCGACUCCAAGAACGCCUAGCCCGUGCUAUGGUAAAACAAAACGCACAGGGUGACGGCGCCGAUUCUUCCUCCCCCGCCGGUAUUUCUCCUGUUACCAGCCCAGUUCCUAGCAACGGUGCACGCUCAAGUAUGGACAUCGAGUCUAGUCUCGGCUCGUCUCGAAAGGACAUAACAUCACCUCGGGAUUCCAUAUCUCUCACACCAGCAGUAACGGCCUCGAGGACAAGCCAUGACUUUUCGUCUUCGCCGCGCAAUUCAGCGGAGGUUGCGGCGUCGAAUCCCGCCGAGAAAGACACUUCAACUUCCGUACCGGCUUCAGAUCCUGACGUGGUGGAAACCGAGUCUUCGUCUGUACCAACAGAGCCCACGCCAGUCGCCGCUGACUCGCUCCUGGAGAGCGGCAGUGCCCCGUCGAGUGAAGAAGUGGUUCCAGAUGGGCUUUCCCAAGCAGAGAAGAGCGUUGAGGAUUCCGCACUACAAGAGGAAAUGCAUGGAUAUAUUGAACGAAUCGAUGCUUUACAGUCGAAACUGAAAUACCUAGCCCAGGAAGCUGCGGAGUCUGCCCGGAAGGCGGCUGCUACAGCUGAACCCGGAAGCGCCGAUAAACAGCUCCGAGAAAAGGAUGAGAGGAUUGCGCUUUUGCUUGAAGAGGGACAGAAGCUUUCUAAAACUGAGAUGGAUCAUAGAACUUUAAUCAAGAAACUCCGACAGCAACUAGCCGAAACCUCCGAAUUCCAAACAGAGGCAAAGAAGAAGAAUGAAAAGCUAGAGAGGGAUUUAGCCAACACUGAAGCUAGGGCCAAGCGAGCAGAAGCAGCAGAGAAGAGAGCGGCUGGAUCGCUUUCCGCCCAGGCCAAGACCGCUCGAGACCUGGAAGCCGUAACAACUGAGCGGGAUGCUUUAACCCAAACAGUGCAGGAAAUGAAAAGCCAACUUGCUCGUGCAGUUUCUCGGGCGGACGAUGCGGAGGCAAAGGCAAAUUCCGAUGCACUGGAGCGGGAGAAGCAGCGCGCUGAUAAGCUUGAGGAGGAACUCUCAAGCUCUAGGAUUGAACGCGAAAUUGGUGAGGAGAAACUGAGGAGGGAAAUAACCAGCCUCAAGGAGAGCAUCGAGCAGGAGAAGGAAAAGGCCCGGGUAUUAGAAGCCGAGCUGAAAGGGGAGCAGUCUGUAUUAGAGAGCAAGAUGGAGUCUCUGCGGUCAAGAGCCGAGGAGGUGUCCUCUGGUGCUGCUGGAGACGCACAGGUCAAACUUCUACGUCAGAUUGAGACAUUACAGACGCAAUACGCGGUAGCAAGCGAAAAUUGGCAAGCUUUGGAAGGCUCUCUACUUUCACGACUGGCGAACGUUGAGAAGGAACGAGAUGAAUUUUCGCGACGAGAGGGUGAGGCGCGACGAAAGAUCCGCGAAGUGAAUCUUAAAAUGAAGCGAAUUGAGGAGGAACUCGAAAACGCACAAGAAACACAGCGCGACCUUUCAAACAGGGUAGAGGAACGUUCUCAAGAACUACAAAAGGCCGAACAGAAGCUCAAAAAGGCGGUCGAUGGGCUGACCACAGCCCAAAAUGAAACGGCCGAGCAAAAGGCUCUUUGCGACGCAACCUGGGCCCAGAAACUCGAGGAUGAGCGGGCCAAGUGGCGUGAACAAGCCAUCCGACCCAUGAACCCGCUCCGACGCAACGAGUCUCCUGUUUCCUUGUAUCGCCCUAGUGGUAACUUGGAGGCAGCUGUCUCGCUGUCCGAUUACCGCCCGACGAGUCGUCGUUCGUCCGCGAUACCAGGUGUCACCCCAGAUCUGGGCAUAGGCACACCUCCACGACAGAACUCUUUUCCCGUUUCAGCAUCCCAAUCAGUAUUAUCCCCUGUACUCUCAGGUAACGGAUCAGUACCCCCUGUUCCGGAAACACCGGCCCUGAACGAAUCGGAUGAAUUCUUCACUGGCUCAGGGACACCCUCGGCCUUCGGUGGUGCGCCAACUCACUCGCGGGGGAUCAACGAUAUUAUCUCCGAGUCCACCGUCGGCGCUGGCCCGUCGGUCCAGCUUGUUGAACGGAUGAGCGCCACAGUACGUCGACUGGAGAGCGAGCGGGCCGCCUCGAAAGAUGAAUUGGCGCGCAUAACCGCUCAACGUGACGAAGCCCGGGAACAGGUCGUCGACCUGAUGCGGGAGGUUGAUGAAAAACGAGCAUCUGAUACCCAAGUACACGAGCUGGAACAGAAACUCGAGGAACUCAAUGGACGGUACGAUACCACGCUUGAAAUGCUCGGUGAAAAGAGCGAGCAGGUGGAAGAGUUGGAGGCCGACAUUGCGGAUAUUAAGAGAAUAUACCGCGAGUUGGUGGAUAGCACGAUGAAGUAA